AUUUCGUUCGACUCGCGCGCGUUUUCGUUCUGAUCCGGCAAAUCUCCCCACGCUUAUAAUCUACAACGUUCUUUUUCGUUCGCCGGCGUGCCAUAACAGCAGCUUUGCUCCGCAGUCCGCCAAAAGUCUCUAAACGUUCACUAACUCACUGCUAAGACGAUUCUAACGUUUUAACAGUUUCUAACGGUCAAGAAAUCAGUCUUUUCCAGACUUUAUUUAUUGAAUAUCUUCGUUUUACACAACAAACAAAAUGUUUUGGGGACUCAUUAUGGAACCUCAGAAGAAGUACACGCAGACUGUCAAGAAAGCCUUCCACAUCUCAAUGGCUGCCCUGGACAAUGAUACUGCCACAGACGAGUACGUCCAAGUAAUGUGCGGCUAUGAUAACCGUAAAUAUUUGCUCUGCACACUCCAUAAAGACAAAGUCAUGCAAUGUGCUUUGGACUUGAGUUUUGAUAUUGGAACUGAAGUAUCAUUCAUCACAAAUGGACACUCACAUGUUCACUUGUCUGGUUAUUUGAUUCAAGAUGAGGACAUGUUUGAUGACUUGGAAGAGGAAGAAGAAGAGUGUGAGCAGGAGGAAGCUGACGUUAGUGUAGGGAACGUUAGCGCUAGCAACAUCGUUUCUGGCAAACGAUCAAAGCCCGGUAAAGCAGAAGGACAACUUAAUGGCUUGUCAGAUAAGAUUAACAAGAAAUUGAAGGCUUUGUCUAAAAAUGCUCCUCCAACUAAGAAACUGAAAACCAUGGAUCUCUUGCAAGACAUCGAUGAUGGAGAGGAUGACGAAGACGAUUCGGAUGUUGAUAUCAAUGACUUGCUUGAAGAGAGCGACGAUGAAGAUGAUACCGGUGUGGAUGAAGCUGACCUAGAUGAUGAUGAGGAUGAAGAUGAUGAAGAUGAGGACGGCGAAGAGGAGGAAGAUGAUGAAGAGGAGGGUGAAGAAGAAGAGUCUGAUGAUGAAGAAGAAGAGUCUGAUGAUGAAGAAGACGAAGUCUUUGAUAUGCCUCCCCAGAACGGCACUGCUAAGAAAGGCAAAAAGGCCCAGCUUGCCGAACAGAAAAAGGCCGCACAACAAGAAAAAUCGCCUAAAGCCGACAAAAAGUCUGCUGCUCAACAGGCAAAAUCUCCCACAAAGAGAGUUGCAGAAGGCGGCGUGCAGAUUGAAGAUAUCCGCGUCGGAUCCGGAGCUCCCGCUAAAGCCGGCAGGAUGGUGAGCGUUUUCUAUGAGGGUCGCUUCAAGAGCGGCAAAAUUUUCGACUCUUCAACCAAGGGCAACGGCUUCAAGUUCCGCCUGGGUCGCGGCGAAGUUAUCAAGGGUUGGGACGUAGGUGUUAGCGGUAUGAAAGUAGGCGGCAAGAGGCGUAUUGUUUGCCCGCCGGCGAUGGCGUAUGGCGCCAAGGGCAGCCCACCAACCAUUCCACCUAACUCUACACUCACGUUUGAAGUGGAGCUUAGGAACGUUAACUAAGUCCAUCUUGAUCUGCGAUCCCUACUGAUUUCCUGAGAAGGUUAAGUUUCAAAUCACAAUAUUUUUGGCGCAAUCGACGCGAUACUGAUUUUUAUAUUUUAAUAUUUAGAAUGUAAGAUCUUCCGAACAAGGAAGUUGAGUUGAGCAUGGAAAUUUAAAGCUGAGGUUAUGAUAAUAAGUUAAUGUCGAGUAAUAUAAUAAGAAAAGCGUUGAAAAUUUGAGUUGAGAAGGGGAACUGUUACACUUUUUUGAUUAUGCGUUAAACUUGUGUGUUCUUGAAAUGAAAGUUUUGUGUCUACAACACUUGUUUUUAUGUACUGUCAGUAUAAAUAUAAUGUUAUAAUUA